AUGCUAAUCCCAAACGAACCGGACUGCCUUUCAAUCGUCACUCCGUGGCUUCUCCUUCCAAUGUGCCUCAGUCGUCCCAAACUGAGCCUUUGGUCCCUGGAAGCUUCCCAGCAAUACCAUCUCAACCAUCACAAUCAUUUCAGUUUCCACCGCCUCAAUCUCAAUAUCAGAAACAACCUCAAUUGCAACCUCAGUCGCAACCUCCUUCAUCACUCAACCAGGGCUCACUCACUCAGGGCCCCGUCUCAACCCCAAUCACAACCAUUUUCUCAAUCACGCGAUAUCACCAACUCGUCCAAGGUAUCUGCUCCUGCCUCCGGCUCUUCACCUCGAAAAAAGCGCAAGGUUUGUCACGUAUGUAAACAGGAUAUAACAGGACAAUUCGUGCGUGCAUUAUCGCAUGCUUUCCAUGUUCAUUGCUUUACGUGCGCUGAAUGUGGUAAGCAGUGUGCUUCCAAAUUCUUCCCGUAUGAGACCACUGACGCUUCUGGCAAUAAGUUUCAAGUGCCCCUAUGUGAGUACGAUUACUUCAAAAAAUUGGACUUGCUUUGUUUUAAUUGUAACAGAGCUCUCCGUGGUCCCUACAUCACUGCACUUGGCAACAAAUACCAUCUUGAACACUUCAAGUGUGUGGUAUGUCAGCGUGUAUUCGAGUCUGAUGAAAGUUACUAUGAACAUUCUGGGAGCAUUUAUUGUCACUACCACUUUUCGAAAAUGUAUGCCUCUCAUUGCGAAGGGUGUCACUCGUCUAUCGUCAAACAGUUUGUUGAGCUUUUCAGAGGUGGGCGUAACCAACAGUGGCAUCCUGAAUGUUACAUGGUUCACAAGUUUUGGAAUGUGUGUAUAACAGCUGAUUCUGUGGGAUUGGAAAAACAACUAGGUAUUUCACAGCUUGACUUGAGCAACUUGAAAGAAUCGAAUAUUCUGCAAGAUUCAUUACUUCAUAUUGAAAACCAAAUUGAAUCAACAGUUAUGACAUGUUGGCUCACACUUUCUGGUUACGAAGAAGCUACUGCGGCAUGUAUUUCGGACAUGUUGCUCAACGCAUGCACAGGUAAUCAGGGUGGUGGUUUGCUAGCUACUGGAAAGUUGAUUAUAUACUUGGAUGUGUUGUUCGGUGCUAUCGAUUAUGUCCAGGGAAUGUGCGAUUCAAUUGACAAUGAUCUUAUGGAGGAGACCAUGAUUUCAGACAUUGAAGCACCAAUCAAAUCUCCCUUUCAAGUGUUGAAAAGGGAGCCUCGUAACAUUUCGGGGAAAAUUAUGAGCUACUUGGCACUCUUGCGAAAGUCCAAGCAGAUUGCAGAAUCUGGUCCAAUGUCUACAGAGAUUUUGUCUGUGAUCACUGGCUGUGCUCAUUAUCUCAAGCUUCUUAUAAGAAUUGGUCUUAGUAACUCAUUGAAGGUGAAUCAGUUCCGAGGCACAGCCACGGCAACGACUACCUUUUUUGCACGCACAAAGCUUUACGAAGAGUUCACAAUUAUCGAAGCUGAUUCGAUCAAGAGUAAUGUCGAAGCGAUUGAUAAAAGACUAGCUGUUGCACCAAAUGCAUCGGAUGCAUGUACUGAGUGUAACAAGAGCAUUGAGAAGGCUUGCAUCAGAUACAAUAGUCAUCGCUGGCACUUGAGCUGCUUCAACUGUUCACAGUGCAAAACUUCUUUGGUUGAUGAUAUCAAGAGUUCCACUUUCAAGGACGGGAAGAUAUUCUGUGCAACCUGCGCUACACCCGAUUCUCUUCCCGGAUUUGAAAAAGUAUCGAACCUUUCGCAGUUAAUCUUUCUCCUCAAGAUAGCACUCUCGCGUUCCAGGGCAAUCAUGAGCGUUGAUGCUCAGGAAUCCCUUCCUCAAAAUGAGAUGGCGACAAUUGCCGAAGAGCGUGCCGUGAGAGAUGCGGCAGAGCAAGAUUAUUCUAAGACUUUAAAUGAUGUCACAAGAUUACGUACGAAGCGCCAAAGUCAAAAGCUAUCGAACUCAGUGAAGCAAAAGGCUCGUAAAUCGGUCGUGUUGGAAACCCCUGAUGCCGACGAAGCCAAGGAGGAAGAUCAAAGUAAUGAAAACAUAGUUGAUGAGGAGGGAUCGAAGACACCAGGGGCGAGAAAAUCGAGUUUCUCUUCGCAAUUGUCUUUCGUUACACAACAGGUAGAAAGUGAUCACUUCAACGUGAGUCGAAAGAAAUCGUUACGAAUUCGAGAUGAACCUCAAAGAAAUCUCACCAAUAGUCAUCUAGACAGAACUAGCGAUUUGUUGAAGAAUGAGAAGUCUUUGACGCUUGAUGAUAUCCCAAGAAUAGUGGCUGCCGAACAAGCCAGAGAGCAGAGACCUAACGCUUACAGACAUCAUAAUUCAUUGUAUGAGAAGCAAAAACCUAUGAACUCGGUGAGAACAGUAUCCUUGAGUGGUACUGCGGCGCUAUCAGGAGCGAAGACAUCAGAGUCUUCUGCUCCCCCAAAGAGGAACAAAUAUUAUUCUGAGUUAUCAAAAUCCGAGCAUUUCGUUUUGAGACACAUAGCAAUUGAGGCACUCGUUCAAAUCCUGAACAACAAGUACAAUAAGGAAGAGCUUUUGAGCUUAAUUCAGACCCGCAAAGCACCUACCUUCUGGGAUAAAUUGAAGAUUGGAGGAGGUGAGGGAAAGAAAGAUCGCAAUAUGGCAGUUUUCGGUGUUGAUUUGCAAGAAUUAACCAAGAAAUAUGGCGUCGAUUCUGACUUGGGGGUGGGCCCGGCCAAACUUCGAAUCCCCAUUGUUGUUGACGACAUAAUCACUGCAAUGAGACAAAAAGAUAUGUCUGUUGAAGGUAUCUUUCGGCUUAAUGGUAACAUUAAGAAGUUGAAAGAUUUGACGGACCAAAUCAACAAGAAUCCUCUCAAGUCCCCGGACUUUUCGCAACAGUCGGCGGUGCAAUUAGCUGCGUUGAUGAAAAAAUGGAUUCGAGAAUUGCCCAAUCCACUUUUGACUUACAACUUGCACGACUUGUGGAUCCAGUCACAGCGAGAACAGGACUUGGUGUUACGUAAAAGGCUCUUACAAUUGACCUACUGUAUGCUUCCUCGAAGCCAUCGAAAUUUGUUGGAGGUAUUGCUCUACUUUUUCAGCUGGGUAGCCUCGUUUGCUGAGAUUGAUGAAGAAACAGGAUCAAAAAUGGACAUUCAUAACCUUGCCACGGUUGUGUCGCCCAAUGUCCUUGUUUCGAGGCAAAGUCAGCAAACAGACCCUUCAGCUCCAGGAGAAACGUACUUUUUGGCUAUUGAGGUUGUGAAUCAGUUGAUUGAGCAGCACGAGGAAAUGAGUAUAAUUCCUGACGACUUGUGGCAGUUUUUUGAGAAGAGUGAAAUCAACACCAAGUCCAACAACAUUACCACCAAGGAGGUGAUGAGCAGACUUGAAAAGGUGAGCAAAGACAACAGUGGUUUUUUCAAAAAUUUUGCAGUUCAAUUAUCGCAACCUGUGACGUACUCCAACCUGGAAGUUAGAUCCAAUACUGUGUCUCGUGGGCUUUCAAAGGCAUUGCCCGAGUCAUAUGGCGAAACUUCUCAUGAAUCUUAA